AUGCAGGGACUCAAACCAAUAGUUCCCACUGAAUCCCCAGCUCCGAUUUUUGGGACAACAAGUAAACUGGCUUCAGAUUUACCAGCAACUGAUUCUUUCUUGGGUAAAAACAAGGUGCCAGGCCUACAGAAACUUUUUCAGAAAGCAGAUGGCCUGCCAGUACACCUGAAGCGAGGAGUUCCAGAUAGGCUGCUCUAUCGGACCACCAUGGCUCUAACAAUAGGUGGAACUAUCUACUGUCUAGUAGCACUGUACAUGGCCUCACAACCAAGAAACCAAAAAUGAAUGAACCACAACUCAUGGGACUCGUGACACUUCUCUGCAGGACCUCCAGCAUGCAUCUCUUUGCACUUCAUUCUGUGA